CUUGGUUCUGAUCCAACACCAGGGAAACCGUUGCAAGCUCCCAUUUGGAUACGUCAGGGGUUUUGCUUAUCGCCCUUAUCUCAAUCUGAAAGUGGGCUGGCGGGAAAUGCGGAUAGUUGCGGAUGCUUCGUCACACAUCGGCUGAAUUACUAAUGCCAACCUUUAUCUUAAUAUCCACAAGUGGUCUCCACAGAGAUCGAAUACACUCAGGUCUAUCUGUGACUUCAGCCCCCAGUUACCUGCGUGACAGCGUCAGUUACACUCAGCCUGCGCCAAGCUCGUCAACGCCGCCGCUCAUUGGGAGUCAAGCCGAGAUACUAUAACUAGACACAUCUGGAGCUGAACUACAAGCGCAAUGCUGGCGCCUGCGGUGAACUUGCCGAAGUGGCUUGAAGAAAACAAACAUCUGCUGAAGCCACCGGUGAACAACUACUGCGUGUACAACGAUGGCUUCACCACCAUGAUAGUAGGCGGCCCCAACGCCCGCACCGACUACCACAUCAACACCACCCCCGAGUGGUUCUACCAGUAUCAGGGCGCCAUGAUGCUCAAGGUAGUCGACGAAGGCAACGUCUUCAAGGACAUCGUAAUCCGCGAGGGUGACAUGUUCCUUCUCCCGGCCAACACGCCGCACAACCCCGUCCGCUUUGCUGACACCGUGGGAAUCGUGCUGGAGCAACGCCGCCCCGAGGGCAGCGUGGACAAGAUGCGGUGGUACUGCCAGAACUGCAACGAAAUUGUCCACGAGGCCGCGUUUCACUGCACCGAUCUGGGGACGCAGAUCAAGGCCGCUAUUGAGACGUUUAUGAGUAGUGAGGAGCACAGGAAGUGUGGCAAAUGCGGUGAGGUUGCGGAUUCGAGGCCGAAGCCAGGGACCAUCAAAGAUCCGAAUCUGGAGUGAGGAAAAGCAUGAAUGCGAGAUGAGCCUCUCUUGUGUGAUUUCCAAGGUAUGUAACGGCCUGGUCUGGACAUUUAAGUCAUGACAACAUCCAAGCACCUCUAUACGUUCAAUAGUCGUGGAGCCUUGCUGUAGGGCUCGAGGGGUCUGGAAGCUCGGGCUUAGCUCUGUGGAACCCCGUGCACGGAUCGCUAUGAAAUCACUACAUCUAUUA